CUUAUGAUGAUUUAACAUUACAUUUUCAUUUAAGCUGCGAACUUUGAUAUUGCAGUAAAACCUUUAUACUGUGAACCGUAAUUUAGAACCAUGAUUCAUCUAUUAGUUGCCAAAGUCAAGAGAGUGUUGCAAGGCUGUGGUGCAAUAGCUACAAAUCAGGCUGAUGUGAAGCUUUUGGGAUUUACAGGAAGCCCAUUUGUGUGCAGGGUACAGAUUGCUCUAAAGUUGAAGGAAAUUGAAUACAAAUAUGUUGAAGAAAAUUUGGGCAAUAAAAGUGAUCAACUUAUCAAAUAUAAUCCGGUUUAUAAAAAGGUUCCAGUUUUUGUUCACAAUGAUAAGCCCAUAUCAGAAUCACUUGUGAUUCUUGAGUACAUUGAUGAGAUUUGGAAACAAAAUCCAAUUUUGCCUAAUGAUCCUUAUCAAAGAGCAAUGGUUCGUUUCUGGUCCAAGUUCAUAGAUGACAAGAUUGUCGCAGCUUCAUUUAAAUCGGUAUUCACAGUUGAUAAGAAAGAGCGCGAGAAGAAUAUUGAAGAAUCAACUGAGGCUCUAAAGAUACUUGAGAAUGAGCUGAAGGACAAGUUCUUUGGAGGAGAAGAGAUUAACUUUGUGGAUAUUGCUGCUGUCUUCAUUGCUUUUUGGAUCCCUUUGAUUCAAGACAUAGCAGGGUUGAAAUUGUUCACUAAUGAAAAGUUUCCAAAGCUUUACAAUUGGAGUCAAGAAAUUCUCAACCAUCCUGCUGUGAAGGAAAAUCUUCCUCCUAGAGACCCUAUUUUUGCCUUUUUGAAAGCUCGCUAUGAUGGCCUUCUUGCUGCUUCAAAAUAGAUCCAUGUACUGAUAUGAAUUAUUGUGACCUAUGAAUCACAGACUCCGACUCCGACAUGGGCACUUGACAUGACGCAAACACAGAGAGAUCGAUAAUGUUGAUACUAUUAAUGUAACGAAGCAUUUGACACCAAUAACACCGCUACAUAUGUAUUAAUUUAUUUAUUACUGUAUAAUUAAAUAAAUAUUAAUAUUAUUUAUAAAAAAAAAAUCGAAAACAA